GAUGAGAAGGUGAUGUGAGAGGAGGCUCCUGAGGAGCAAAGCUCAACCCAUGGCUCUGUAGACUUCUCUCACAGUGGUGAGGAAUCUUUCCUGGAGUGAUGUCUCCUCUUCUGCAGAGUUGUGUGGACUGAGCUACUAGGAGACCAUUACAUCCUGGACAUUGGGUGGUGGUCCUGCUGACCAAGGUGCAACAGUUUGCUUUGAAAUUUGCAAGGACUUAAGCUACCUGCAUCUGCUGAGAGUUGUCCUGUGGAUGUAACCUGCUGGGAGUUAUCCAAAUCUACUGCUACCUAAGCACCGCAAGAAUCUGCAGAUUUCUGAAAAUUGUCCAGGGGGGUCUGCAUGUCCUGGGGGAAGGAGGUGCUGGCAGAGACCACCUCUUCUUCUCAUCUUCAAGGGAAUAAAGCUUCCAGAAGAUUGCAAGCAGUGGAGCUGUCACCUGCCUGGAGAGACCUUGUGCUAGGGGGUCCUGGGGAGCCAAAGGAGAUGUUUUUGUCCAAGGGAUGAUACAAGUUUAGGAACCUUUAGUGGAUUUGUAGGGUUUUAUAGCUGCUCCUGGACAUGGAGGGAUUGUGCUUGAAUUUAGACAGUUCUGAGCUACUCAACUCUUCAUGGGUGAACUCCAGCAUGGAGAACCAGAACCACAGCUCCAACAGCACCAGGGAGCCCCUGAAGAGGAAUGAGGAGAUGGCCAAGGUGGAGGUGACGGUGCUGGCCCUCAUCCUGUUCCUGGCCCUGGCAGGGAACAUCUGUGUCCUCCUGGGCAUUUACAUCAAUAGACACAAGCACUCCCGCAUGUACUUCUUUAUGAAGCACCUGAGCAUUGCAGACCUAGUGGUUGCAAUCUUCCAGGUGCUUCCUCAGCUCAUCUGGGACAUCACCUUCAGGUUCUAUGCUCCAGAUUUUGUUUGCAGGUUGGUCACUUACCUGCAGGUGGUGGGGAUGUUUGCUUCUACCUACAUGCUCCUGCUCAUGUCCCUGGACAGGUGCUUGGCCAUCUGUCAACCAUUGAGGUCUCUGCACAGGAGAUCAGACUGCGUUUAUGUCCUCUUCACCUGGAUCUUCAGCUUUCUUCUCAGCACCCCCCAAACCGUCAUCUUCUCUCUUACAGAAGUGGACAAUGGGGUCUAUGACUGCAGGGCUGACUUUAUCAAACCCUGGGGGCUCAAAGCUUAUAUCACCUGGAUAACCCUAUCUGUGUACAUCAUCCCAGUGAUGAUCCUUAGCGUCUGCUAUGGGCUCAUUAGCUACAAGAUCUGGCAGAACAUCCGCCUGAAGACCGUGUGUGAGAGCGACCUGAGGCUGAGCGCCAGCAGGAGAGCCACCCUGUCCAGGGUCAGCAGUGUCAGGCUAAUCUCCAAGGCUAAAAUCCGGACUGUGAAGAUGACCUUCAUCAUAGUGCUGGCUUACAUUGUCUGCUGGACGCCCUUCUUCUUCGUCCAGAUGUGGUCAGUGUGGGACCCCAACCCACCCAAAGAAGCCUCGCUCUUCAUCAUCGCCAUGCUCCUGGGGAGCCUGAACAGCUGCUGUAACCCCUGGAUCUACAUGCUCUUCACCGGUCACCUCUUCCACGACCUGCUACAAAGCUUCCUCUGCUGUUCCGCCCAGUACCUGAAGUCCCAGCAGCAGGGCAGCGACCUGAGCGCCAGCCGGAAGAGCAACUCCUCCACCUUCGUGCUGAGCCGCAAGAGUUCAAGUCAGAAGAGCAUCACCCAGCCGUCCACCCUGUGAAGGCCCCAGGGACACUGUGGCCCUUAGAGGGCCCGGGGUCCAUGGCACAGACUGGUCUAAAAUCAGGGCAAGGACUGCGAUCUGCAGGGAAUGCUACUGGUUCCGAGCAUGUAGGAACCAUCAAUAUGGAGGCCAUGUAUGCGGGGGAGGGGGGGGGGAGCAGUCAUUUUGUCACUAGAUGGGUCUGUACGAUCCUUGGUUAUGUUUGGUGCCUUUGAUGGCAUUUAUUAAACUGAUCUCCUACCCCCCAUCAUGGCGCUGGGGUCCCUGAGACAAGAGGUCUCCAUCCUCGACCUGGCGCCGCUGAUCCACAGGGAUCACCUCAAAACAGAGCCCCAGUUCAUAGUGGAAAGACGUAUGAUGCUCUGCAGCUUUCAAAUGCACUUUGCCUUCCAGUUCUGCGACAUUUUCAAGAUCUCUGCUUGCUGUCCCAGAAUGGGAAUGCAUCGCACACCAGCACUUGUCCGCUGGGUGAGCGAGACAUGCCUUCAGCUUGUUAGCAGGAUCGUUUCCAGUCACUGACAGCCAGCGGAGGCUUUGAAAAAAAUAGACAAGGAGCUGAAACACAAAGAUUAAUGAAACCAUCUAAAAGCGGAACUGCCCUUGUUGCCCAUAGCGACCAACCACCGCUCUCUUGAAAAGUGAAAGCUGGGCUGUGAUUGGUUGCUAUGGGCAACAGCUUAAAUGUGGGGGAGAAAGUUGCAAAACUUUUUUUGUGAUAGAACAAGCUUUAUUUACAGAAGAUGUGACAAACAAGCGCAGUGUGUGUGAAUAUGACCUAAGGUGAAGUCCCCCUUUAAGCCACAAGUGAUAUUCGGGUACACAGGACUGUGAUUUGCAUUGUAUGAUACCUCAGGUGACUUUUCACGGACACCCCCUGCUUUACACGACCAGCUCGACCCUAGUUAGCCGCAGGCUGUCCCCUGGGAGUCUUUCACGGACGCUUUUCCACGCAAUUUGUCAUAAAUUACUGUGUAAUUAUCAUUUUUGUAAAAAAAUCGCCAAGAUAUCUCAACAGGCCACAGCACUGCCAUAUUCAUUACACGGGUGACCUGCAGCGCCGCAUGAAUAUUACGUCUUUGUUUACUUAAAGGGAUAAUCCAGUCAGAUUAUAAUACCCAUAGCAACCAGUCUGACCAAGAACGUUUGGUUGCCAUGGGCAACACCGCUUAUUUCAUAGGCCCCAUUCUAGUGUGGAAACCAGUUCUGGAAACCAGUUACCCUUGGCAACCAAUCAGGUGUCGGCUUUCAUUUUCUAACCUGCAAUGACCAAAUAAGAGCUGGUUGCUAUGGCAGCACCCUAGGCCCCUCAGGUAUGAAAAGGACAGCCCAUAUUAACCAAUCAGGUUGCUGCUUUGAUUUACUAACCAAUAAUGACAAAAACUAAGAGCUGUAAUCUGAUUGGUUGCUGUGGGCGUUAGCUCCUACCAUCCAAUCAGUUUGCUGCUUCCACAUUCCAGCCAGUGCUAUAUCAGGUGAAAGCUGAUUGGUUGAUGAACACUGGUACAGACAACCAAUCAGAUCACAGAUUUCAUUUUCUAACCAUUGGCAAAAUGUCAGCUGCGAUCUGAUUGGACAACACCCUUGGCUUGGUUUAUGGUCGCGGUGCCCUGACCGCAGGCGUUGUGGCGUCACCCCGUCACUGUGCGCUGUCGCUUCACGCUGCUUCCACUAACACAAAGACGCUAAUUCUGAUUUCUGCGUAAAAUGUGCAUUUCUGUAUAUAAAAUGUUUGUGCAUUUUGUUUUGUGCGCGGUGCUCCGGAUGGCGUUCAGGGAACUGGGCAUUGAAACGUUAGCCUACUGUUAACCUCUCCAGUGCCGGGGAAAUCUCUUCAAGGGUCUAUGGACAUAAAUGGUGGGAGGCGCUGCUGUGAACCCUGUUAAGUUUGAAUGUAAGUUGACACGUGGCUGGUGCGGCCAUUUUGGACCACUAUUCCGUACUGUGGGGUUUACAAUGGAAGUUUCACUGCUUGGAAAUGAGUGAACUGCGUUCUCAGCAACAUUCAUUCUGCAAAAUGGCCGCAUCCAUAACAUGCUGAGGAAAAAAAACGCAUUGGACCUUGAACCGAUAAUUUCAUGGUCAGCAACCAAAGCGAUUGCAGCGCACCUUGUUUUUUUUAUAGCAGAAGCACUUUUGUCCUGUCACGGAUUAUUCUGAGAGUUUUAUUUUCUGUCUUCUACAUAAAUGAUGAGAUAUUGGAUCUAUCUUUAAUAAAUCGUGUUCUUUACCACCAGACGCCAUCGUUAUUUGCUUUGUGUUUCCUGUGGACAGAAUGUUGUGUGGAAAUACGUGUCAGUCUACACUGUCCUGACAGAAGCGAUGAG